AAAUUUAAUGAAAAGGAUGGUAACAUUAUUUGGCAAUGUAAUUUUUGUAAUGCAACUAAGACAAGUUCUUACACAAGAGUGAAGGCACAUUUGUUAAAAUUACAAGGCUAUGGAAUUGGGGCUUGUGGAAAAGUAACUAUGAAAGAUAUAUGUGAAAUGCAAAAAAUGGAAGAUGAAGCCAAGUUGAGAAUGCAAACUAAAGCGGGGAAAAGAGUGCCAUUGCCAUCGAAUAAUAUGGGUUCUAAGGAUUGUUAUGUUUUGGAGGAAAGGAAAAGAAAGAAUAGUGCAAUAGAAAAUGCUUUUAAUGUGACAACACGUGACCAAUUGGAUUUCGAAAUUGCUAGAAUGUUUUAUUCAAGUGGUUUGCCUUUUACUCUUGCAAGAAAUCCUUAUUACAUUAGUUCUUAUACUCUUGCUUCCAAUAGUCGAAUUUCGGGAUAUUUGCCUCCCAGUUACAACAAGUUGAGAACUACUCUUCUUCAAAAAGAGAAAAAAAAUGUGGAAAGAUUAUUAAAUCCAAUUAAAGGCACAUGGGUGGAAAAAGGAGUUACCAUUGUAAGUGAUGGAUGGAGUGAUCCACAAAGAAGACCACUAAUUAAUUUUAUGGCGGUGACCGAGAGUGGACCAAUGUUUUUAAAAGCGGUUGAUUGUUCCGGUGAAACAAAAGAUAAAUAUUUUAUUGCUAACUUGAUGAAGGAGGUUAUAAAUGAAAUUGGUCAUCAAAAGGUGGUUCAAGUAAUAACCGAUAAUGCUCCAAAUUGCAAAGGUGCCGGACAAAUAAUUGAAUUGGAGUAUCCUCAUAUUUUUUGGACACCAUGUGUUGUACACACACUAAAUCUUGCUUUGAAGAACAUUUGUGCCGCAAAGAAUGUUGAAAAUAAUUUGAUUACAUAUGAGGAAUGCAAUUGGAUUACUAAUCUUCAUGAUGAUGUAAUGAUUAUAAAAAAUUUUAUCAUGAACCAUUCCAUGAGACUAGCAAUGUUUAAUGAAUUUGUGCCUUUGAAGUUGCUUUCCGUAGCGAAGACACGAUUUGCUUCUAUUAUUGCCAUGUUAAAAAGAUUUAAGCUUAUUCAACGUGGUCUUCAAGCUUUGGUUAUUAGUGAAAAAUGGUCACUUUAUCGAGAAGAUGACAUGACGAAGGCAAGUUUUGUAAAAUUGAAAGUGUUUGAUGAUCUUUGGUGGGACUCUAUAAGUUAUGUUCUUUCCUUCACUUCUCCCAUUUAUGACAUGCUUAGAUUUUGUGAUACGGAUAAACCUUGCCUUCACUUGGUUUACGACAUGUGGAAUACAAUGAUUGAGAAAGUGAGAGGAAUAAUUUAUAGAAAUGAGAAAAAAGUUCAAGAAGAGGAAUUAUCAUUCUACAAUGUUGUUCAUCGGAUACUUGUAGAUCGUUGGAACAAAAAUAACACUCCACUUCAUUGCUUGUCUCAUUCCCUAAAUCCAAGGUACUAUAGCGAGGAAUGGCUUAAUGAGGAUCCCACUCGACUUGCUCCACAUAGAGAUGUAGAGAUUUCAAGAGAAAGAAUAAAAUGUUUUAAGAGGUACUUGUCAAAUGAAGAGCGUAUUAUGGUGAAUAAGGAGUAUGCCAAAUUCUCAACUAUGGAAGAUGACUUUGGUGAUUUUGAAUCCAUCCAUGAUCGUUACCGCUUGGACCCAAAGACUUGGUGGGUUAUUUAUGGUGCUUGCACGCCUAUGCUUCAAAGUUAUGCUUUGAGAUUAUUGGGGCAACCAUUUCUUCAUCGUGUUGUGAGCGAAAUUGGAGUACUUAUUCCUUUUUGCACUCUCUUAAACGGAAUAAGCUAACUCCAAAACGUGCGGAAGAUUUGAUUUUCGUCCAUAGCAAUCUUCGUCUCUUGUCAAGGAGGAGUGCGCAAUACUCACAAGGAGAGACUAAAAUGUGGGAUAUCGGUGGAGAUGCAUUUGAUACAUUUGAAGAUAUUGGUGUGCUUGAAGUCGCUAAUUUAUCUCUAGACGAACCGGAAUUGGAAGCGAUGGUAUUUGCUGAUGGAGAUGAAGAUGUUGAAGAGAUUCAAGAUGAAUGAUGUAAUUAAUUUCAUUUUUACUUUUUGAACUUAUGUCAUUAAGAAACAUUGAUGAAUUUAAUGUCAAGUUUGAUUUCUAUUUAUCAUUAUAUAUAUGAUUAAAUAAGUACACAAAAUUAAUACUUUAGACUAUAAAAUUAAAAUAAACAAAAAAAAUUUUUUAAUCAACGUGU